CGGAAAUGCCUCGCAUCGUCACUUUAACGGAGCGUCGUCCACUUGUUAUUCUUCGCCUUUACCACUAACUUCGAGCGGAACAUGGUGUAGCUUUGACCACAACCAGUCCAACGACGAGGACGUCGCUGCUAUCCAGGAGCUGUUAAGCCACCGACCUCGAAGCCGGCUGGUGCUGAGCGUUUUACCGGCAACAAGAUGACGUGCCGCGACCGGACCAUCGAGUUCCAGUCGGCCUGCAAAUCUCUCCAAGGCAGACAGAAUGGAGUGCAGCCCAGUAAACCAGCUCUCAACGCUCUCAGGCAGCGUAGUGACUUUACAGUCAUGGCCAAGAGAAUUGGCAAAGACCUGAGCAAUACGUUUGCCAAGCUGGAAAAACUUACAAUUUUGGCCAAAAGAAAAUCGCUAUUUGAUGACAAGGCGGUGGAGAUUGAGGAGCUCACAUAUAUCAUUAAACAAGACAUUAAUAGCCUAAACAAACAGAUAGCACAGCUGCAAGAGUUGAUCAGGUCACGCGGAGCGCCAGGAGGCAAACAUAUCCAAACCCACUCCACCACCAUUGUGGUCUCUUUACAGUCAAAACUAGCCUCAAUGUCCAAUGACUUCAAGUCAGUCCUUGAAGUCAGAACAGAGAACCUGAAGCAGCAGCGCAGCAGGAGAGAGCAAUUCUCCCAGCCUCCUGCCGCAUCGUCUCCGCUCAUGGCCAAUAAUUUCAGGAGCCGCAAAAAAGGGGCCCAGGAGCCGCAUGCAGCUCGCGAGCCGCGCAAUGACUACCAGGGCUUUACAACCUCAAAUGUAAAAGAGAGUUCGGUCCUGAUGCAGGACGAGUCCCGGAGCCUGGGCGACGUGGCCAUCGACAUGGACUCUCAGGCCAACCCCCUCCAGCUCCAGCUCAUUGAUGAUCAGGACUCGUACAUUCAAAGCCGCGCGGACACCAUGCAAAACAUUGAGAGCACCAUUGUGGAACUGGGCUCCAUAUUCCAACAGUUGGCACACAUGGUCAAAGAGCAGGAGGAGACCAUUCAGAGGAUCGACUCAAACGUGGAGGACACACAGCUGAACGUGGAGGCGGCACACUCAGAGAUCCUCAAGUACUUCCAGUCAGUGUCGUCCAACCGCUGGCUGAUGAUCAAAAUCUUCCUCGUCCUGGUUGUCUUCUUCAUCAUUUUUGUCGUCUUCUUCGCGUGAGGAAGAAAGAUGUGCAAAGACUGCGAAAGAAGGUAGACAUUUUGUGAAGGAUGGACCUUCAAAUGCAAGCUUGGGAAUCCCACCGAAGGAAUGCGAACUUUUAAUCUCACUGAGGAGCAGAAAACUUUUUCCAAGUGUGAGAGCAGAUGUUAUCUUCAAGCCCCAUUUUUAUAGUGAGUGAAUUAAAAGCCGUUCUGAAUUGUAUUUUGACCAAUUAUUCAUAAACGUUUAUGGCUAUAAUUUAAUAGUUUGAUUCUGCAAACUGUCUUUCAAUUUUGAUUUUUUGUUCAUGUUCUUUUUUGUUCUUCUGUAAUUUAAUUCAAAGCCAAACUGUAAGCAUGCUUCAAGGUUCCUUCCCCCCUCACCGAACUCGCCAAGCUUGACUUAUUGAAGUGAACUCUGUUCUGUUUUUUUUUUAAUUUGCCAAAUGUGAGUGAGAACAUCUGCGGCCCUAGGCGAACUCUGCUGACUGACCGGAGCUGGUCGAAAGUAGUCGAGACAGGUUACGAAACAAAUGGAACAUUUACCUGAAUGGUUUCCUUCAGUUCAUCAGCACUUAUGAAGGGUUUUGUUUUUUACCUGGAAGUGUCUGUUGAUAUUUUUUUGCACACGCACGCUCACUCUCGGAAUCCUCACAAUGUACAGAACGUUAUUUAAAUGACCAAUUUCUAAGAAGAAACAAAACAUUCUUCCACUUGUCCCCCCCCCCUCCGGCUUUUCUCUUUUUAGAUUGCCUUGCCUUCAGUGUACAAAGUGCAAAUAGUGACGAAAGAACGAAUGGUGUAUUGAUCAGAAAGUGCAUAAUAAAACUAUAAUGAGGUGCUGGCA